CGAAUCUGAACAAGGUUAAGAUGCAAUUGUUCAACAUAGUUGUGAUAGCUUAGUUUGAGUACCCCUGCUGUUCUUGUUGCAUCCUUGGACCAGCACCAUCAAGAAUAUACAAAAUGGGCGAGGAGGAGGAGCGCAAGAAGGAUAAGAACAAGCUUCGGCCGUUCAUGAAGGCACACAGGGAAUUUGGUGGAACAACCCGAGCCUUCAGUAUCCCAGGAGCAUUCAUCAACGUGGAAGAAAAACAGUUAAGAUUACCGAUGUUCAGGUUUCACUAUCACUAUCUUAGACUUUCUUCCACUAUGUGUGUGUGAACAAGAGUUGCUCUGUCCUCAGUGUGACUCGUGGUAUGGAAUGGAUUGCUGAGUAGUGGCAACUGGCAAGAACGAAGUCCUUCGCAUUCCAUUCACGACACCACGGCAAAACAUUUGACACGACAGGACACUCACUCAGGACACAGGUGACGUCCUCUAGACAACUACCAAGAAGAUAGUGAAAUUUGAAAUAACCGCUAAACUAGGAUCGCUUGAAACCGAAUGAAGACCGGAUCGUAACCAUGCUCAAGGACCUCAAUGAUGGAGAUCGGUACUAUGAUACUCUGAAGACUUUAUUCUAGAGGUGACUUCUAGGGAUACUUGCUCUUGCAUUUUUGAACUCCUUUUACUGGGUUCACUUCCUCUAGGCCUUUUUGCAACAAACUAAGUACAUGUUCUUCCGCUUCUGGAAGUACAAAAUGUACACUAGUCUAACAACAUCAAUCUUCAGAAUGUUCCUCGGUGAAACGCGUUCGGAGUUUGGGAAGACGCGCUCGAGUUUUGAGGGGCUCCCUAAGAGGCAUAUCACCGGCUUGCAGCCGACGAUAGAGCGACACAGAGCAAUCCUACAAGAGGAGACAGACCUCCACAUGACUGGAAAGGACCCUUUUCUCAACACCUGCAAUCGCGAAAGGGAUGAGAAAAUGGUACUAUGAUGUAUUGAUGUUGGUGAACUAGAACUACAACGUGCUACAUAAGUACCUGCUAUGAUGUAUUGUAGUUCGUGGUUGAUAUUUUAAUUUGCACUACACUGCUGGUCUUGGUUCACCUUCACUGUUUAUAGUGUUCACUGUUCCACUUACCACUGCUUAUAAACACGCAAAUUGUACUAGUUGACGCAGUCACAGAUGAUGAUGAAUUACAGAGGAGGUUCGUGGUUAGGGAUAGGAUUAUACGGAAAUAUCCAGGUUCUGAAUACCCUCGCAGCAGCCCAGCUAUCACCGACAGGAAAGUCAAAGGCGAAAAAGGAGGCACAAAUACCUAAAGUGGUCCAAUGCCGAUUAUUUCCUGCGACAGGGAAAAUCAUAUGAUACCAUGCAUGUGAAAGUACUAGUACAAUGGAUUCCAUUGGGUGUUUCUAGUAUGAAGCAAGUCAUGAUGACUUCAGAUCCAUAUCUAAACUUUCAUGAUCCACACCAUGUAUGUCUCUGUCAUGUUUCUCUGCGGAAGGUUUUCGUGAAUCUUUCAGACCACAAAAGUGUUGUAUGAGAACGGCAUAGAUACUGGUAUCUAGCUAUAGAUAUCCCUACUGGACAUCAUGCUCAUGUGUGGUAGUUUACUUCACACCAUCAUUCCAUAGUCGUAAGUGCUCGCCCAAGACAUAGAUCUGUACCUUUCUCAUAGGCUUCUAAAGACAGAGAUUCAUCUGUAGUUCCUGACUUCGAGUUAGUGUUGCUGAUACCACGAAAGUGAGGGAAGAAAAAGACAAAUCUAAUCAACGUGCUCGUGCACUUGAAGAAGCUCCACCAGAGACAUGAUACAACGAACGAGAGGUAAAGUUGUCGCAC